AUGACGUCAACAUCGGGCGGGAUGGGCCACGUGAACAACAUGGGAGGCCUGGCCGCGUGCGCUGGUCCUGAUGCCAAGCCGAUGCAGUUCCCACUCGCCCAGAGACGGAAGAGGAGGGUGCUCUUUACGCAGGCACAGGUGUACGAGCUGGAGAGGCGGUUUAAGCAGCAGAAGUACCUGUCAGCGCCAGAGAGGGAACACCUCGCGUCACUCAUACAUCUAACGCCCACACAGGUUAAAAUAUGGUUUCAAAAUCACCGCUACAAAUGUAAGAGGCAGGCUAAAGAGAAAGCGAUGGCAGAACAGAAUCAACACAAUCAGUCGUCAUCAUCACCCCGACGAGUAGCAGUCCCCGUCCUCGUGAAGGACGGGAAGCCGUGCGGCUCCGGAGAGUCCUCAUCUCCGGCACAUAGCCAUUGCGCCACACCCACAUCGGGGUACUCAGCUCCGCAGCCUUCGCAAGCAGCCUGUAGCAAUCCCUUGGUCUCGUCGUACCGUCAACCGACCGCUUACCAACAGCAAUGCUCAGGCUACCUGCCCCUACAGGGCCGAGCCUGGUAG